ACACGGCGUCCCAAAGUCGUGCAAACAACUCCAGGACGACAUCCAGCCGCUAACCGAGUUCCGGCCACCGGAAGUGCGCGUACUCACGUCGGCGUUAGCGUCACGUCCGCGUCGGCCACGUCCAGCGGAGACGGGAACAAGAUGGCGAUCCCGGGCAGGCAGUAUGGGCUUCUUUUGCCAAAGAAAACACAGCCGUUGCACCGAGUUUUGCAAAAACCGUCUGUAUUUGGGAAUGAUUCUGAUGAUGAUGAGACCUCCGUGAGCGAGAGCCUUCAGAGGGAAGCUGCUAAGAAGCAGGCCAUGAAACAGACCAAACUGGAGAUUCAGAAAGCUCUUGCAGAAGAUUCCACUGUGUAUGAGUAUGACAGCAUUUAUGAUGAAAUGCAGAAAAAAAAGGAAGAAAGUAAUCCCAAAUUGCUUUUGGGAAAAGAUCGAAAGCCCAAAUACAUUCACAAUUUGCUAAAAGCAGUGGAGAUCAGAAAAAAGGAACAGGAAAAAAGAAUGGAAAAGAAAAUACAGAGAGAGCGAGAGAUGGAAAAGGGAGAAUUUGAUGAUAAAGAGGCAUUCGUGACAUCUGCUUAUAAAAAAAAACUUGAAGAGAGAGCUGAGGAGGAGGAAAGAGAGAAGAAGGCUGCUGCCCUGGAAGCACGACUGGAUGUGACCAAGCAGAAAGAUCUCAGUGGAUUUUAUAGGCACCUGCUAAAUCAAGCAGUUGGUGAAGAGGCAGUUCCUAAGUCCAGCUUCCGUGAAGCCAGGACUGGAAUAAAAGAAGAGAAGCCCAGGGGUUACUCUGAUGAAACAAAUUCAGAGGACAGACCGCAGCAGAACUGUGCUCUCCAAACUGGUGAAGAGGAGGAGGCAAACCCAGACGCUGACAGCGAUUUUGACACUAAGAGCAGCGAUGACGAUGAAAAGGGAGGAAAUAAAGUAAACUACAGACGGGAAGAAGACACAGAAGCCUCCAGGAAACACCCCAAGCAUCACAAGAAUCAGGCCCACUCACGAUCGUCUAGUGAAGAGAGAGGGCAUGGUACCAAGUACCACUCCAGAAGCCCCAAGUCAAGAGGUCAUCACCAGGACAGGCAGGCCAGAGAGCAGGAGAGCCGGCACACGGACCACGGCCACCGCAAAGAAAAGAGUUCUCACAGGCACAGAGAAGCCGAUCACAAAGAUGACUACUGCAGGAGGCACGAGCACGAAGAUAAGCUGAGGAGACGAGAACAGCGGGAGAGAGAGGACAGAGAGUGGAAAAGGGAAACACACUCCUCUAGAGAACUAGAUAGAGACAGACACCGUCACAACCAGGACCGGCACCGUGAGAAAGGAAGAAAGGAGAGAUAUGAGAGCAACGGUAGGCACAGAGAGAUGGAGAAACAGGAACGAAAUCGAGACAGAAGGGAAAGCAGCCCAAGGUCUAGACCAAAGGACGAAUUUCUUGACCAGGAAAAAUCCAGCAAAAUAAGAAACAUGGAAAAGGACAAAGGGGAUCAAGAGAAGCCCUCUCAUUCUGAAACCUCACCAGCAGCAAAGCAUAGACUGGCAGAGGAGAGGCAGGAGAAGGGCAGUGAGCAGGAGAGGCCCCCUGAGGCCCUGAGCAAGUUUGCAAAGCGGAGUAGCGAGGAGACUGUGCUGUCAGCUAGAGACAGGUACUUGGCCAGGCAGAUGGCGCGGAUUAAUGCAAAGACUUACAUUGAGAAAGAAGAUGACUAAUGGCUGCCAGGGUCUGGAGUUCCUUAAAAGCAGAACAAAAUAAAAUUUAAAAACUUGAAGCUGGAGAGACAGCUCAGUGUUUCAGAGUGCUCGCUGCUCUUACAAGGAUCCAGGUUUGAUUCCCAGAACUCACAUGGUCAGCCAUCCCUAACUUCAGUUCCAGGGGAUCUGAUGCUUUCUUCUGGCCUUUUCUGUGGGUACUAGACACUCACUUGGUGCACUGACUUACAAGAAGGCAAAACACCCAUUCAUGUAAAAUGAAUAGUUAACACAAAACCAAAAGAAAAAUCUCAAAAGCACAUUAUUAAAGACUUAUUUUAAUGGUUUUAAGGAAGCCAAUUUUCCUCACAACGGAUCUACUGAAUUUUUCAGGGGGUGGAAACAAAGUCCUGCUAUUGAACUCCAGUGCUCAGGUGAUUCUCCUGUCUCAGCCUCCCGAGUGCUAGAACUGCAGGCACAUGACUGACCCAUUCCCAGUGUGUCAUGUUUCUCUUGUUGCAGAAAAUAUUUUGUGAAUACUGUCUUUCAAGUUAAAAUACAUAAAUUUUAGAAGUAGAAAAAAUGGCAUAUGUUCUGAAAUUUGUGUUAAAGCAUAGAUAAUGCAUGUUGUCUAAAUAGCGUUUUUGAUCCACAGCAUACUUGACUUAGGGAAAGUGAUGUGCUCCUGCGUUGGAGCCACCUUUUACUUGUCAACGUAAUUUCCAGGUUAAGGACAAGGCUUAGUAGUAGAGCUCUUGCCUGACAUGCACAAGGCCUUGGGACUGACGGCCAGGAUUGAAAAAAGGCAGGAAUUUCAUUCAUGUUUAAACCUUGUUGUUUAGAAGAUAUCAUUUUAUUUUAUAAUUUUGUAUUUUGCAAAUUACUAAGUUGGUCUGUAAGUCAGUCUGUCGGCUGAGAGUGAGAAGAUGUUUCAUAUACUCCGACAGGGAGACAGAAGCCUAUUAAAGCCCCAUUUCUCCAUUCAAAUAAAACUACACUUUCUUACCUAA